AUGUCAGGUGUCCAGGGAUUCAAAGUCCCAACAAAGAGACACAUGCUCGGUUUGGAGCCGUCUGUUUGGCUGCACUCGAUAUACGCCAGCAAUUGUUUGACGUGCAUCACCGUGGGAUCGGCGGCGGGCGAGACUCGACUGUUGCUGCUGCAGGCCGCACCGCUCAUCAGCCUUAUGGCGCAGGCGCAGGCGCAGGUGCAGGCUGCGAGCCCAAGCCGACCACUGCUCUGGCCCAUGACACACACAUUCGCACGCCCGGCUCUGUCCUCCUCUGCCUGCCCACGACACCUUGUCCAUCAACCAACAACGGGCUUUCUGCGCAAUCAAGCAAGGCGUGUCCGGACUGAUGACAGUGACAUGCUUAAUGUCCGCCAUAUCCAUCCCGCUUGCGCCCACACACACACGCACGACGUCAUGCUUGCAAUGACUCCCACGCGCCCCCUCCCCCCCCAUUCUCCCCGCCGCUUGUCCUGCCCUGUCCUCGACACUUUCUGCUUCGUCGCCCCCCACUACUGUAGAGCACUCUAUUGA